AUGUUUGGUGAAGCAGUAUCAAAUCGAAAUGGUCAGUAUCCAGUUGGUACAUUGGUUACUCCAAUGAGUGGCUGGCGUACACAUUUUAUAUCGAAAGAUGGAAAAGAUUUGAAUGCGUUGUCAUUUGAUAUUGGAAAUUUAUCAUCAUCAAUAACAGACGUUGUAGGAAUGCCGGGGUAAGCAAAAUUCUCAAUACCUCUUAGAACGUAUACAUACAGAUACUUAAAGCAAUAUUUUUUAGGAUGACUGCUUAUUUUGGUGUUGAAAUUUGGUGAAAUUUGUGUUGUUACAGCAGCAGCUGGGGCCGUCGGAAGUGUUGUUGUACAAUUGGCAAAAGCUAAAGUAAUGUUCAACAUUAUCAAUUGAAAUAAUCUUGAAACAACAAGUGGUUGGUAGAAGAAUACUAACGGGUAUCCCAGAAUAAAUUGCAUCAAAUCUUGGUGUAUUUUUCUCUCGACUACGAACCAUAAAAACCUUUCUUAACCCUUUGGGGGGGCCCCCCCGCGGGGGGGGGGGGGGGGGGGGGGGGGGGGGGGGGGGGGGUGGGGGGGGUGGGGGUGGGG